UCUACAUGCGGACGCUGCGGUGUGAUCGUAGUGAACGUAGGUGCGUGGAUGACUUGAUCAGAAAGUUUUCUUAUGACAAUGUUUGUGAAAAAAGCUGUGUUGUUACUUUUGGUGACAAUUAUUCGUGUGGAUUCAAGUUUAAGUGGUGGAAAUUGUCCCUCCGUUUGUAUGUGCAAAUGGAAAAACGGAAAAGAAACGGUUGAGUGUACGGAUCGCGGUUUAAUAGCGAUUCCGACAAGUUUAGAUGUUGUGACGCAAGUUUUAGACUUGUCAGGAAAUAAUCUACAAAUUUUACCAAGAAAAGCUUUCGUCAAAGCGGGAUUGGUAAACCUCCAAAAAAUAUUUUUGAAAAAUUGCCGCAUCGGUCAAAUUGACGAUGAAGCAUUUAACGGCCUCACUAACCUAAUCGAAUUAGAUCUAUCUCAUAAUUUACUCACGGACAUCCCAUCGGGGACGUUCCAAGACGUCCCGUUCCUUAGGGAUUUGGUUCUAGCUAAUAAUCCCAUCCAAAAAGUCGAUUCGCACGCUUUCAAAACAGUCCCGGCGUUGAUUAAGCUCGACCUAUCUCAUUGCGAAUUACAAACGAUCCAACCAAAAGCUUUCGAAGGCAUCGAAUCUUUACUAAUCCUGAAACUAAACGGAAACCGCCUUAGUGAACUUCGUCCGAGGACCGUUGAAGUUUUAUAUAAAUUGAAUGCGGUGGAGCUGCAAGAAAAUCCGUGGCAUUGUGAUUGUAGGCUGCGUCCCAUCAAAGAAUGGUUGCAGAAAUACAACAUUCCGAUAUCUGAGUCGCCGGUGUGCUCCGGUGGACCUGAAAGAGUGAUUCAUAAGUCCUUUCAAGAUCUUCACAUCGAUGAUUUUGCUUGUAAACCAGAAAUUCUUCCGGUUAACCGUUACAUUGAAACCACCGCCGGAGACAACGCGACCAUAGCGUGUAGAGCAAGCGCUGUUCCUUCGGCCCACAUCAAUUGGUACUGGAACGGGAGGCUUCUACUUAAUAAUUCCGCCUUUUCAUCGCAUCAAAAAAUAUUCGUUUUCGAAGAGGGUCGCUUUGAGAAGCGGAGCAAUUUAGUUUUAACAAACGCCCAAGAAACGGAUUCGAGCGAAUUUUAUUGCGUGGCUGAGAAUCGAGCAGGAAACGCCGAAGCCAAUUUUACUUUGCGUGUUGCGAUGCGCACCGCAGGAAUGAUCACGUUGGGUAGCGGACAAAUUGCUGGUUUAAGUGCAGCGCUCGUCUUCCUCAUCCUGUUCAUUCUUAUGAUCAUUCUAUUCUUGUUGGUUAGAUUGAGGAGGAUGCCAUUUUCUGAGAGUAAGACGCCCGGACAAAUCGAAGUUGUCACAGUUGUUAAUGGAUCGGCUGUUCCCAAUGGAAAGGCCGCUAAUUUAUCACCGGUCAAUCCGAUAAAUCCGAAUGUAGAAACGUCGUCAUUUUCAGAGAGGAAAAUUCCGACCGAUCUUAAUUUCUGCAACCCGGUUCAAAAACCACCAAGAACUAACGAUGUGUCGUACACUACAAGUCAUUAUAAUGGAAACGGAUCUAUUAUUAAUCCUAGUUCGUGUUUCGUCUCGCCAUCAUCAAAUUCAGGAAAUAAUCCCGACUUGAUCAAUGACACCAACGCGAAAUUUGAGGGCGAGGACGGUUACUCAGUUGAAGCGAUAGAGAGACCAGGAAGUGGGGAAUACAGCAGAAACAUCGACUCUUUGUACCCAUCGGGUUUAUGGGAACACGAUCAAGAUUCUUUUAGGAAUAUGAGCGCAACAAAUCCGGGAUUUCACUACGACGAUAAAACCCCCAUUAUGAGUGGCAACAGCGUUACAAAUUCCCAAGAAGAUAUCGGUGCUAAUAGGACCGUUCUUGGGUAUCCAUCAGAUUAUGGACUUCCGAUAGAAGCUAGAGAAAAUUACGUUUCCACCUCGAGUAGUACACUUCCAAGUAACGCCAAAACAUUAAGGGUUUGGCAAAAAAGUGGUGUACCAGUGUUACCACCCGUGACAGCGUUAAAAAGAGUUUUUACUCAAAACAGGAACUCGCCGGAUGAGGGGUAUCAAGAAGGAUGUGGUACGGAUGUGUAAAAAUUUGAAAAAAAAAAUAAUAAAAACCAAAGACAAAGCUCAGUUCCUACGAUAAUAAAUUAAAACUAAUUUUCUUUAUUGACUGUAUUAAGUGAAUUAAGAAUUAAGAGUGGUGAAGAAGUAUGUGACUUUAAUAAUGUAAUCCGUGUGUGAUACGAGGAUUAAAAACUAAGUGAAAAAAUUGUAAUUUGUGCAUUAGCUUAGUAAUUAAGGGAUCGCUACAUAGAGAGAUGAUGAGUUUUUCAGCGGAUCAUCAGGAAGACUGAAACUGAAGAAUGUAGUAGGUAAAAAAAAAGAUAAUAAAAAAAUAAAAUCAACAAAGAGACGCAAAUUAAAUUAAUUUAAUUAUUUU